AUGGCGACUAAUGGAGGAGACAAGAAAGUAAUACCGGAAGAUCUGGAGAAUGAUAAUCGCGAUGUUGCCGAUCUCUGGAAGCAAGCUCUCAAGGAAUACAAGGGCAUUGUAGGGUUUGACCUGCAGCCCAAGUUCAACAAUGUUCAAGCCAUGAUCGAUUUUGGAACGAAUGAGAUGAACUCGUUUCAUAAGUUUCGACACAACACCAAGAAAGUGGAUAAGCUGCGCAGUCUCUUCGCGGCCAACAUCGACUACAUAGAGAAGGGGGCUCAGCACCUCAUCAGCGCGGCUGUCCCUGCAUUCCCUCCAGCAGCUGCUAUUGGUACCGCGAUAACAUACCUUCUUUCGGCCUGCAGGCAGGUAUCAGCAGACUAUGAUGUCGUCGUCGUCUUCUUUGACGACAUGAAUAGCUUCCUGCAGCGCGUAGUCAUCUUGGAGACUCGCCUGCCACCACACAAGGCGUACCAGAACUGUUUGAUGGACGUCUUUACAUCUUUUCUGACAUUGACUGGCUAUGCGCACAAGUACAUAGAACUCGGCCGUUUCAAGAAAUGGAUCACCAAUCUGCUUGAGGGUGAAGACAGCGACUUGGGUGGUGCUCGAAAGAAGAUGGAUAAAAGUCUCGCCCGGCUACAAAAUGCCACAGAGUUCGCCAUCCUUGGUAACAGCGAGGAACUCAAGAAGAUGAGUGCCGAACUGCAAAUCAACCAGACAGCGCACACGCAAAUGCUGGAGGAGCAAAAAGAGGUCAUGUUCAACAUCAGUCAAGAUACUGGGAGUAUCCGUAGCGACGUUGCCAAGCUCCUCAAGGCAUUCACAGAACAGAACGCAAAGCAUGACCACAAAGGGAAGCCAUCCAACCAGGACGCUGGAAAGCCAGCUUCCGCAAAUCAGGUUCGAAAUAGAAUGCCAGAUAUCGAGGGAGAGGGCCAUGAGUACAAGGUCUUGAAGGAGACGCUGAUCCCGGACACUUGCACUUGGGUCUUUUCCCAGCCUGAGUGGGAGGCAUGGAUCAAGCAAGACGGAGAAAGCACUGCUCUCAAGCCAGUGCUUGCAUUAUCAGGACUUCCCGGAACUGGCAAAAGCCAUCUUGCGGCGUCAGUGUACGACAAGCUCUACAGCAUUGCGAGGGAGGACACGACCCAGCGUACCUGUGUGACACAGUUCUACUACCGAGAGCAGCAAAAAGACCUAAGCUGGUUCAAGAGCGGCCUGAUCAACACCAUUAGUCAGGUAGUUGACCAGAGCGUGCCUCUUUGCGAGAGGAUAAACGCAGAGAUGGUCCGCGACGAAGUCUACUACAACGUCUUUGUUUGGCGGGACUUGCUGCUCAAGAUAUUAGGCCCAGCAUUCAACAAGGACUCUCCAAACCGUCUUUUCCUCCUUUUUGAUGGCCUGGACGAGAUGUUUGACUUUGCCGAAUUCCUCGAGUUUGUUAGGCUUGCUAGAGAGCAAAAGUUUAGGAUGACGUUUGUCGUCACGACUCGCCCAGAUCUUCUGCAACAAUUGACGGAAAAAUUCGAGGUCAGCAACAUUGAAGUCACAAAGGAAAAGCAGCUGCAGGACUUCAAGACCCUCGUGUGGCAUCGAAUCAACGAUCUGAGCUACCUGAAGAAGUUUUCGCGUUAUGUCCAGCAAAGAAUUGCGGAAAAGGUGGAAGAAGUAUCGCCGAACUUGCUGUAUGCUGAACAUACUCUGGAGAGGCUCAACGCACUCGGCCGCGAGGGAGCUGUUCUUCAGGUGCUUGCGCGUCCAAUGCCAGAGACAUUGCACGGCGUAUAUGAAAUCAUGUUGGACGAAUGCCAGCGCCGAAUGCCUGUCGCCCGCCAGCAAAUUGCAUCCAAGCUGCUGCAUUGGAUUGCCUUUGCAUAUCGUGUGUUGAACCUCGAUGAAGUAACAUCGCUGCUCGUGUACCUUUCCAAGGAUGAUAGUUUUGAUCUGGAGGAAAUCCCCGAAGUUGCUUCCAAGUUCCUCAAGGUUGGAGACCCUGCGUUUGAUGCUCAAUCAAGAGAACUUGCCAACAAAGACACCUCUACCGGCUCAAUCGAGGAUCUCGAGAAGGAGGAAGCUGCAUCUGACAAUCAAGACAAGAUGUACAACGAUGGGGCUCUACCUGUCAAGUUUAAAGAGAGAUCAAUGCGGGCAUUUUUUAGAGAUGCCGCCAGCGGCAACUCUCAAUGGCAUCUGAAGGCCUCAGAGGCGCAUCGUCAGAUCUUGUUGGGCUGUGUUGACCUCGUCAAACCAGAGCCUUUGGGACCGGGCCACAAGAUCAGCGACGGCUUGAGGUUGUACGCGGCCUAUCGUCUGAUCUCGCACUCCUCCCAGCUCGUGUGGGAGGACUAUACGAGCCCAGAGAAAGCAGAGGUCAUGGAAGGGUUAGCUAUGGCUCUUUCGCAUACCGACUUUGCAGAAACACUCAGUCGCACCGGAAUGACCUAUACUCGGGGCCUCAAAAGCAUAUUGAACGACAGGAUGGCUGUCUGGGCAGAGUCUCUCAAGGUGCCUGAGAUUGCAUCUCUGUUGAGCUCGGAUGCAGCUGCAUGGUGGGCUGACGUUGCGGCUGAUCCUCGAAAGUGCAGAUACGGGAUGUUGAGGGGAUAUGUUAGGCGCCUCUACGCUGCGGCUGAUCUUGAUGAGGCUCUUACUGCGUAUAAGCUCAUCUAUGGACUGUCAGGCACUUCUGGACUUGACCAUCUUCUUCUCGACAGCGCCAAGAGGAACUUUCCGGAUGAAGUUUCAGCAGUGGCUGCUACGGCUUCCGAAAACACCUUGAACGGUGACGAGAAUGCUGAGAAUCAAGCCACGGAAGGCCUCGGCGAAGAAAGGAGUUCAUUAGGCUUACCAGGAAUUUUCGACGAGAUCGAGAUGAAUGCAACGGCUUAUCGAGCGGUGGGAGAGAUCUUUUACAACUACGGCUUCUAUAAGCCAGCUGAUUUGAUGUGCAUUAAAGCAUUCGAGCUUUAUCGUACCACGGACGACGUCAAAGAGAAGUUCAAGACGUCGAUUCUGCGUUCCAAGGUUCUGUGGAAGCUACAGGAGAAGGAUAAGGCGAUUGAGGUUAUAUCCGACUGUGUCAAGGACAUCGAGACGGCCGAUGUCCCUGCCUCACUGAAGCGAUCAGCUCUCUUGGCAAAGGCCGAGCUUGAAGGAAAGCUCAAGAUGCGAGAUGCCGCGGCCAAGUCCUAUGCAAGAGCGAAGACAAUCGAUCCCACCGGUACAACUUCCGGGGAUGCGCUUGAGGGAGAGAUCGAGCUCUUUGAGAAGGUGGCAGAUUACGCUGGAUAUUUUCGGACGCUGAAGAGCUGGAGUCCUAUUGACAGACUGACCUGGAUGGCGUGGAACUAUUGCAACCAGGGACAUGAGCGGCAUGACAAGCUUCGCUCCCUCGCAAUAAGAGAGGGCGAAGUCGACUUUCUGAUUGAUGCCUAUCAGGAUGCUAUUCGGUUUCUCGACCGGCUCAACUCUGGUGCUCCGCUGCGUCUUGAGUUAGCGGUUACUUAUUUCAGAGCCAAGGGAGAUUUGGAGAAUGCUCGCAAGACCCUGGAUGAGAUAUUCGCCAGCACCUCGGGCGGGUAUCCGUACUCUAUCACGGACGAGGAGCCGCAGACCAUGAUGCAGCGACUGGUAAAUGUCAUGUCUGAUGUUCUCUACGAAAUUUUCCGGGGCUCGCGAGAUCCCAAGGUUAAGCAAGAGGCCCUCGAGUCACUCAAAAACAUCAUGAACAGGCCGCUUUCUCUGUCGGUGCCGAUCUAUACGAGUCUAGACCUGGUCUAUCGCCGCAUUGUUCUUGCGUCAAUGUGUCUAAAGAUGGGACAGGCAAGUGAGUUUCAGGAAAGACUCCAAAGCGUCCUAGAUGAUUGCUUUGCAGGCCUAACCGAUAAAGUGUCUUGGAACGAUGGACAAAAUAUGGAAAAGCUGGCCCAUGCCCUAAUGGUGCUAAGCAAAGCUCUACCGGAAGGACAAGAUAUACAGCGCUAUGCGCGCAUCGUCAUAUCAGCAAUGUUCUCCAAAAUCACUCAUGUCACGGAGGAGGAACUCGAGCUUUGGGAGAGAGCAAAUCAGUCCAGCGACAGAAGCGAUGAUGAUGAAAGCGACGAUGAAGAUACUGAAGAUACAGACUCGGAAGGUGUAGUAGCUAUCAAGAUGGUUGGGACAAUUGAAGGGCUAGCCCCCUACGAAACCAUGGCCAGUAUUAGGAGUGGCAAGAAGUCGUCACCGAGAGACGAGGGAGAUCUUGGGAACCCCGAGAUAGUCGUUUGCAGUUGCGACGGUGGCAUCUGUAACCCCGUGGCUGCAUUUGCCUGGUGGGGACAUUCUGUGGUUCAUUAUUGUACAGAAUGUUCAACCACCCUAAUCUGCGAGCUUUGCUACAAGGCCCGACAUGAUCCUGAGACGGUGGGAUCGCCCGCCGUCAUGCACUUCUGCGACAAGAGGCACAGUUACAUCAAAUUGCCUGUGGAGGGAUGGCAGGGGAUCAAGGAUGGAGUGAUGAGAUUGGAAGGAGAAGAGCCUGUCAAGUUUGACGACUUUCUGAAGCAUCUGCAAAAUGACAUCUGCCGAGAUGCCUGGGAUCGAUACUGGGCUGGGGCCUGA